AUGUCGCGUCCCCCAUCACCGGCGCCAAAGGCCACUAUUGAUCGUCAAUCUACGACGCCAUUCCUCCUGAACUUUUGCUACCGAUCGGCAGGCUUUCAUAACUUGACCGAAUUCCCUUUACCCACACCUGCAAAUCCUCGACCUCACCUACCAGCACACCUACAAAUAUACACGUGGAUGAGCUGUACUCUCAAAGAGCUGGCGCAAUUAUUGACACAGGCACUCCCCCAGAUUUUACCAGAGCCCAGUGUCGGAACGAGGCUGAGUUUCCGACUGGUGUACCCUGACGUAUAUGCCCCACGGGGAGGAGGUGGUCGACUUGAGACUGAAGGCAGAGGGAGAUACUCGACGAAAGAUAUGGGUAGUGUGGUGGUGUCGGCACCCGAGUACUCCAAUGGAGAUGGCAAUGCCACUAUACGGCUUGAAGGGGACGAUGCAGACAAGACACUAGAAGAUGUCAAGUUUGUGAUUGGAGACUUCAUCGACUGUGCGGUCUUUCCUCCGCUAGGCGACGGAACUGUCGUUGGCCGGAGCGCUACUGGUCCGCGAGGGGCAAGAGAAAAUGGAUAUGGUCGCGUUAGAGGUGGUGGGUAUGGCGGACAAAGUGGACGAGGCACCCACAAUGGAAGUGCUCCCAGGUCCAACGACUUCGGUGGGUCCGGGAGCAUACCUAGCGGUGAAUGGAGGCGGGGUGAACGACUUCCAGACGGCGGCGGAUAUCGAGGUGCUAGCAGAGGUAACAGGCGAGGUUAUUGA